CGGCAGCGGCUGCGGGGCUGCUGCUCCUCCCAGCAUCCCUGGCGCGGCCAUUUCAGCCCCAUCUUGGCCGAGUGGAGGGAGCUGCAGCCGCUGCUUCAGCAGUUUGAAUUUCAGUUUUUCCGGAGUCUACGAGCCGGCCGCACCGAGGAGAAACGGAAGACGCCGCCCACCGGUCCCCUCACGCCGCCGAGCGCCUCCGCUCGCUUGCCGUUCCUUCAGCCGCCGCCGCCCCUCACGCGCCUCAGAGCCGCGAGGAGGCCGGGCCCGCCGCCGCGGGUGGCUCCCUGAGGGAGACCAGACUGCCGGCCUUCCCCGCCCCCGAGCGGGCUUCCGCCGCCACCGCCGGCAUGGCCCCCGGACUGCGCUCGGGCUAGAGCCCGGGACGGAGGGCUGCCUCCCGCCGCGGACCUCCAGCCCCGUCAGGAAGCGCCGGUCCCGGCCUCGCCGCUCCGCCUUCUUCCUCCGCGUCGCCGCGCGGGAGCUGCCGCGGGACCCGGCCAGGAGAGCCCGAGCGGGGCAGAACCGCCCCUCACGCCGCCGCCGCCGCCGCCUCCUGCGCCCUGCGCUCCACCCCCAGCCGGGCCUGCUGACCGCGCCGAGCGCCGGGCUGGACUGACCGCGGCGGCUGAGCUGUUGGAGCAGCCGGCCCGCCCCUGAACCACGCUCGGGCCGUCACGGACGGGUUGAAUUGAGGCACCACUGCCGCGGGAGGUGAGAAGGGAGGAGGAGGAUGUCUCGCCGAGACGCCGGCGCCCAGAGCAGCCCGUGACUUGCGGCGUGGGCCGUAGACCCAGGCGCGAACUCGGACUUUUGUCUUUUGGGGGCCCGUGCUCGGCCCUUCUCGGUUUCCGGUGGGGGGUCCCAGAGGAGCCUCUGCCCCUCUAGCCUUUUUUUCCACCAUGUCCAAGAUGCCGGCCAAGAAGAAGAGCUGCUUCCAGAUCACCAGUGUCACCACGGCCCAGGUGGCCACUAGCAUCACCGAGGACACCGAGAGCCUGGACGACCCGGACGAGUCGCGCACGGAGGACGUGUCCUCCGAGAUUUUCGACGUUUCUCGGGCCACGGAUUACGGCCCGGAGGAGGUGUGCGAGCGCAGCUCCUCGGAAGAGACGCUCAACAAUGUCGGGGAUGCGGAAACUCCCGGGACCGUGUCCCCGAAUCUCAUCCUGGAUGGGCAGCUGGCAGCCGCCUCGGCUGCGCCCGCCAACGGAGGCGGCGGCGUGUCGGCCCGGAACGUGGCGGGGGCGCUCGCCCAGACCCUGGCGGCCGCCGCCACUCCGGUGUCCGCUCCCGGGCCGAGCAGCGCAACUCCAUCGCAGCCCCCCGCCACUUGUAGUUCCCGUUUCCGCGUGAUCAAACUGGACCACGGGAGCGGAGAGCCGUAUCGGCGCGGCAGAUGGACGUGUAUGGAAUACUACGAGCGGGAUUCAGACAGCAGCGUCCUCACUAGGUCCGGGGACUGCAUUCGACACAGCAGUACUUUGGAGCAGACUGCGGAGCGGGACAGCGGUUUGGGCGCCACCGGAGGGUCGGUGGUGGUGGUGGUGGCCUCCAUGCAGGGGGCGCACGGGCUGGACUCGGGGCCUGACAGCUCCUUGACUGCUGUGUCACAGCUACCCCCGUCGGAGAAAAUGAGCCAGCCCACUCUCGCCCAGCCGCAGAGUUUCAGCGUUGGGCAGCCCCAGCCUCCACCGCCCGUAGGUGGGGCUGUGGCUCCGAGUUCGGCUGCGCUACCACCGUUCCCGGGAGCGGCGACCGGGCCGCAGCCAAUGACGGCAGCCGCUCAGCCAAGCCAGCUCCAGGGAGCUGUGGCCGGCGGCGCCCUCCCCGGGCCUGUGGGUCAGGGGCUGCCGCCGCCCAAUGUCAACCUGGCUCAGCCCCUGGCCUUAGCCGCCCAGCCCGGCCCGGCAGUCGGCUCUUCGUUGUCGCAGCAAUUCUCCUAUCCCCAGCCGCAGAUGCCGCCCGGGCAUUUGUUAUCGGUCCAGCCAUCGGGCCAGAGUGAGUACCUGGCGCCGCACGUGGCCCUGCAGCCGCCGAGCCCUGCGCAGCCCUUGUCCACCAGCGCCAGCGCGACCUCUGCUUCCGCGGCCAGCUUUCCUCUGGGCUCUGGCCAGAGCGUUUCCUCCCUGGGUGCCCAGAUGAUGGGCGCCUCUGCCCAGCCCAGUGAAGCUGUGGCCCCGGGUCCGGUUCCCGUAGGCCAGGGCGCCCCAUGCCAGCCGGCCGGAGUGGCCACAGCUGCUCUAGGAGGCGUGGUGCCGCCGGGCUCCGGGCUUACCGGGGUUGGGCAGCCCCAGCCCGUGCAGCCUCCGCAGCAGAUGGGUGGCACUGGUCAGCUGUCAGCCGUGCCUGGUGGUCCUCACACCGUGGUGCCCGGAGUUCCAAACGUGCCUGCAGCGGUACCCGUUCCUAGCGUGCCUAGUGUGCCCACCACCUCUGUUACUAUGCCAAAUGUCCCCGCGCCUCUGGGCCAGUCUCAGCAGCUGAGCAGCCAUACGCCAGUCAGCCGGAGCAGCAGCGUCAUCCAGCAAGUUGGUCCGCCCUUAGCGCAAGGCACACACAGUGCACCAACUAGUCUACCACAGUCUGACCUAAGCCAGUUUCAGACUCAGACCCAGCCUUUAGUCGGGCAAGUUGACGAUACUAGAAGAAAAUCAGAACCCCUACCUCAAGCACCACUUUCUCUCAUUGCUGAAAAUAAGCCUGUUGUGAAGCCUCCAGUUGCAGAUGCCCUGGCAAACCCUCUUCAGUUAACACCUAUGAACAGUCUGGCCACCUCUGUAUUCAGCAUAGCUAUCCCUGUAGAUGGUGAUGAAGACAGGAAUCCUUCAACUGCUUUCUACCAAGCGUUCCAUUUGAACACGUUUCAGGAAUCAAAGAGCCUCUGGGAUAGUGCAUCUGGGGGCGGUGUUGUAGCCAUUGACAACAAAAUAGAACAAGCAAUGGAUCUGGUGAAAAGCCAUUUGAUGUAUGCAGUAAGAGAAGAAGUGGAAGUUCUAAAGGAGCAAAUAAAAGAAUUAGUGGAAAGAAACUCUUUACUUGAACGAGAAAAUGCACUGUUAAAAUCUCUUUCAAACAAUGAUCAGUUGUCCCAACUCCCAGCCCAACAGGCCAAUCCUGGUAGCACUUCUCAACAACAAGCAAUGAUAGCACAGCCUCCGCAGCCAACGCAACCUCCACAGCAGCCGAAUGUCUCCUCAGCAUAAAGCUUUCUUAAGCCUCGUUAAGGAAAAAACUGAAAGCAAUCUUUCCUUGUGUGCCACUUGGUGUUCUUUCCACUUUAUAGAAAGCAAGUAGCCAUGCUUCGGCUGUGUGCUUGGCCUUUUCAGUAUUAGACAAUCGCUCUCCAGGAGCUUUCCCUCUAAGAUGUCAUGCGGCACUGUUGAUGUCCACUUGUGUGUCAUCAGUACACGAGGAGAAUACUAGACGGGGUUCAUUAAAGCAAGCAGAGUCUGCAUUCUACAUGUGCGCAUGAGUGGGAUCUUUAAAAGUUUUGGUGGCUCUCCCAUGUUUCUUAUCACCCAUGGAUGUACCUUGAGCCUUCCUGUCACAUUAUAAAUAACAGUUCAUCUAAAGAGCCACUUUUCUUUCAAUAUCAGUAACAUUUGCCUACAUAAGUUUUCAUUUAUUUUGUGUUUUAUUUAUUACAGGGCUGCUAUUUUCAUAUUGUACAUGAACAAUGUCACAGAACUUUUUUAAUUUUCUUGAAUAAUUAUAAGCAUCAGUAAAGGAAUUGAACGACAGGAUUACAUUUGAUAAAUAAAAAACCGUUUAGGCAAUAAUUGAACAAAAGAAUCCUGGCACAUUUCUAACACUAAUGGCAAUUUACCGUUGGUAUUUAUUUUCAAUAGUAAAAUCCAGCUUGAAUGUAAAUUUUGUAUAGUUGUAAGUAUGAAAAACACAGUGCACCUGUACAGGUAGUCACCAGUUAUUGUGAUAUAAUAAAUAAUUGGGCUAUUUUCAUGAAGAAAACUUUGUUCAUUUGUUUCUACUUUCUAAUAGAAAUUGCCACGAUUCCUCUGCUUUUCAACAUUUCGUAUGACUUUUUUUUUUUUUUUUUUUUGGGUGGGAAUAAAAAAAAGCUGUGAAAUUGUUCAACCUACUUUGUAACCAAAGAAGCAAAGCUGUGUAAUGGAGUUUUGUUUUGUUUUAUAAUGCACAUUCUUUAUGUAUUUUUAUUUAGUGUUUUCUUGGUCACAAUUUUCUUUGCUGUCUAGCAUGAUCUGCAUGGCCUGUAAUCUUUGAACCACUUUCGUACCUCAUGUUUUUAUCCAGCACUCUUAUUGUACUGUGUACUAGUCUGUGAACAAUGUCAAAUAAAAAAGAACGAACAGGUCGUAUGGUGGAGCUGAGCUAGUGUACAAUGCACCAGUUGUACAGAGACAAAAAUGAAGUGAGCCAUCUUUUGUUCAUUUAAAAUGGUGUUUUGAAUUUCAUAUGCAGAAAACGUUUUGUUACAUUGCAGAUUUUAAUGUAUUUAAUAAAUGCAACAUGCAGAUUAAGUGCAGUGUAUACUGAGUAUUUAAAUUAAAAUGUACAUUUCAUAAAUACAGUUUCAAGAGAAAGCAUCAUUUUGUGUAUACUAACACAUUAAGUGUAUGUCAGAAAUUGAUGUAAAAAUAUAUAUUUUAACACAUUUUCUGAAAUUAAACUACAGUUUUGUUCAAAUAUUUGGCUCUAUAUGUGUUCAGAAUUUGACUAGAUUUGUAUUUUCACAGUUCAAAAUAUUCCUUAAGUGAACACCCAUGAUGUUAAUGACAAUGAUAGUUCUUAAAUUUUCAAAGUAAAAUAAUUUAAAGAACACAAGAAUGGUGAGCAAUAUUUGUACUCAAUAUUCAUAUUAUGUUAACAAUAUAAAUAGAAAAUCCUCGUCUACCAAAACUUUUACUUGAAUUCAGAAAGGUGCCUGUAGAAAUUAACAUGUCCUGUAUGGGUAGCCCACUAGCUAAUUAAGUCUUAAUGAGAAACAGUAGUUAGCUUUCCAUGUUAGAAGAGGUUAAAUGUUCUUUAUCUAUUUGAAACGUUCUAACUUCAAACAAAAGGCAUAAAAUUGAAACAUACAUGAGAUUACCAAAUAUUUUAUAAUUCUAGUUGUGCUACAAGAAAUAAUGUUCAAUAAACAAAAUUUUCAUGUUAAUUAGUAAUAUUAGAAAUACUUAAAAGAACUAGGUAAGUAUGUAGACUUGACUGUGUUAUAGCCCUAAGGAUUCAGAGUGAGGUUAUAGUAGAACUACUAUGGGCAGGAUAGGAUGUGAGACUGCUGUUGGAAUAUAAACCUGAAGAUUUCUCUCCAUGCCCUUCAUUGCUAAUAGUGUGGUACUUCAUACGAAGAAUGUUAGAAAAGAGUUGCAGAAGGAGACAGUUAAGUGGCAAAUGGCUGCCCAAGAAUGUAUAAGAUUUUGUUUGAUGCUUGGCACUUAAAAAAAAAAGUGAUUUUUGUGAAAACAAAUGAGUUUUUAAUUCUAGGGAUAGAAAAAUAAGCAAAAUAUAAUAGUAUCCACCAAGGAGAUCAUUAAUAUUCUACGGUUAAAAAUGGUGACAGCAAUUGCUAGUACCUGUAUCUUUUUAAAAGGAGCAAAAAUCCUAGAAAAUGGUUAAUAAAAAGAGAUUCCAAAAGAAUUGACUUUUGAUAAACUAGGAAAUGCAAAUCAUUUUAAUCAGUUAUAUCUUUUAAAUAGCAGGAGUUAAUGCAGUAAGGUGGGCUUUUCUCCUGAAUGAAAUUUGGCAGAGCUUUAAAUAUUAAUAAACAAGCUCAGUGGUCAGUGGUGUGAUACUUAGGGAGCAGGGUUCAAAAACUGCAGUUGUGUGUCUAUCCUAUAUGUUCAUUCCUUCCUAGGAUACAAAACUUUUAUUGAUUUCUUGUCCCUACCCAAAGUUGUAAUGAAGUUUACAUCUAAAUCUGUUUCCCAUGUCCAUGAGGCACACUCAAGUCAGGCACAAAGGAGAGUCAGGUAGCGUGCUUUUAUUUGGGAAUAUUUGAAUAAUUUAUUCCAAAUUGGUUUGGAAUUGUUAAGGAUCUUCAUUUAGAUUAGGUUUUUGUUGGAGUUAAAGUCUUUGAAUACCUAAACUAUCAACUAGUUGAAAUUCCAGUUUAUGAGGUAAGUCUUAUGAGAAUGUGAUCUACCUUUAAUUUUCUGUCUCAGCCUAUAGACCAGGUGCUAAUACAUAGGCUUUAUGUUGGUUUAAUUUUCUAAUACAGUACUACAUGUACAGUUGAAAGCUAACUUUGCCCAAAGGAAGUUAUUUUUAGGUAGUCCUAAAAUGAUCUUAAGUAUCCACAAAACAAAAAGAUACAGGGAGUUGGAGAAUUAAGCAUUCUGCUAUUUUAACUGUUAGAUGAAGGGCAUUAAGCCCUGAUAACAUGUCCUUUAUGGUGGACAUGUUUCUUUUGUCUUCGGUGAUGAAAAGUGAAAGGCCAGUCCCCAGGGUUCACAAUUGAAUUGAGGCUACAUAAACUAACCAAUGACAAGAAAUAGAGUAAAGGAUGGCUUUCUUGGGUGGUUUCUGAAACGGCAUCCAGUUCUUGAAGGUCAUGAGAGGAAAGGUGUGUUCCAAACUCAAGAAAAGCCUUCUCAAAGCUCUGAAAACGUAAACAGGGCUCCUAAAGAGCACAGAAUUUUGUGGGAAGGAAACUAGAAUUAACUGGCUCAUCAGUGUUGGUAGUUUGGCAUUAUUAAUAAGAAUGAUUCAUUGGAUGACAGCUAGUGGGAGAAGCUCAGUUCAGUUCAUUGGUAGAGUGGUGGGUGGAAACAAGACAGUUUAGAAAAAUCCAGAAAAGUGGUUAGACAGCAUUUCCAUGGGGCAAAUUGAAGUUUAUUGAAGAAGCUGGGAAUUCCUCAACUUUCUCAGUGAAUAUUCCACUUCCAGAAUCAGCACUUUGUUCUCUUAGGUUUUUGAGAAAACAGCUCAGCCAAUGUUUGUUUAGUCAGUCUCAUGCCAGGAGCCAUGCAUCCUCAAAAGUAAGGUCUUUGUUCCUUGUUGAAGGAAUUGCAAGAAUCUGACCAAAGAGUGGGGCAAACAGGAAUUUGGUCACUCUAUGCCUCUGUAGACUCAGCCCAAUGGUAAACAAUCGACUGUGGUCGAUAAUUCCACAACCUUUCCAGUCCCUUGCUUCCUGAAGAUUCUGACUCUAGUGCAAGUACUGACAUCUAAGAAUAGGUUUUCCUUUAAUUUUGCCUUUCAUCUCUAACAUAGAUCAGCCCUGCAGCCUUCUUUCAACAAUCUGCUAAUGCAGUAACAGACCUCUCCUGCCCCCUGCUUCAAGCCCUCCUAAUAAUUCUAAUACUAGUCUCCUCCGAUGUUUGCACCAACUGGCCCACCGUUUGAUCUUCCAGGGCCCAUCCCUGUCUGAUAUUUCCAUAAUAGGUUACAAAUUUAUCUUAUUUCAAUCUCUCUUCGUGCACAUCUUUCCUAUAUAUGUGAAGGGUUAUUGUACAAUAGUUCCCUUAGUGAUCUAUAUUGGUCUGGCAUGUUCAAAUGGAGGAAUUACCAAAUGAGUACUAUAGAAAGCAAGUUAAAAGUUCACAGACCUUCUUUUCUCUCUGUUUUAAUGGAAUUUAAAAAUGAGCAGUCUUUGAGAGACUGGUGAUUAGUGAUGGCAAGAUAAGCUGUUAUUUUGUGAUGGCACAGUCUACUUGGAAACUAAAUUUGUUCAACAUGAUUGAAUAGUGAGUUAGCUUUAUGUUUCCUUUUCAUGCAGGGAAACUGAUAAAUUAGACAGUUUGGAGUGUUUCCUUACUGCCUUUCAGAGAUCCAGAGUCCGUAUGUUUACAGACUAGGACCUUCCCUCAGAAGCCAUAAUGUUCCUCUAAAAGAAGGAAGGAAAAGAGAUUGCUAACUUUAGAAAAUAAAAGAUUGGAGAUUAAGACAAGCCAAAUGACACACUUCAGCUUUCCCAUAAUAAAAGUUAAAGUUACUUGUAGUGCCAACUGUUUGCAUGCUUUCAUAGAAUAACCGUAAAGUGCUCUUGCCCACUGCAAUUCACAAGGUCUUCCAGGUCAUAAUUUCUUUCUUCUUGCAAUUAGUACAUAGAUAGAUAAACCCAAAGAACACCGCAGAAAAGAAAACAUCUACACAUGGCAUUUAUAAUACUCAGCCAGUGACUAGUUCUAGCUCACUGAAAAAUAAAAUAUGUAAAUCCCUUAAUGAGGUAGUAGUCUUCACAGAUGUUUGGGAAAAUCAUUUGAGCUUUAUUUUUGUUUCCUAGAAACAUUGAAAAGUAGUUUGAUUCUGUCUUAACUUAGGUGCUUAACCCUAUGCUGAAUGUUUGAGGAGAGAAAGCUGUUUAGGACAUGAUCUGUGCGCUCCCCUCCCCAACCCCAGGGUCUCAUCAUCCAAUGUGAAAAGAGAAGCAGAAGUGCCAUGUUGCUUAUCCACAAUAGAUACUCAGUUUAUUGACCGUGUCUGUUAGGUGGAGGGUCUCUAAAUAACAAUCUGCUGUGUCGCGUGAAAUCUGUUGCCAUUGCCAGGAAAUAAAUCACCAAAAAGCUUUAGCAUCAAAUAAUCCUUCUGGAAAGAGGAGACCAGACAAAAGACUUUUCACACCUGAGCCUGGGAGGUCACCACCAAAAACUAAUCUGUGAGAGUUUACACAAAAAUUUUAAUACUCUGUUUAUAGAUAAUUGAUCUAAUUUAACCUAAUUUGACUAGAAUUUCCAUGUCAUAAAUUAUAUUGUCUCGUCUCAUAAGCAACAUGCAUUUUGGCUGUCCUAAUCAGCUAUUAUUCAAUGAAUGCAGUUAAUAACUCAGGUACCUGAUGCCAAAAAUGAAUCUCCGCUAGGACUGAGAAUUCUGAGAUAAAUACAAGGCUUUGUAAGUGGUAAGUGGUAAGCCUUACAGUUCAGAUCAGUGGGGAAAGAAUGGCUUAGUCAACAGGCAAUACUGAGACUGUGUACCCUUUUGAGGGUAAAAAAAGUAAGCUUAGCACUCUUUCAAAAAUUAAAAAUUCCAGCUACACUAGAAGUGAGUGUUCUACUUUGUGAAAUUCAAAACCUUGAUAAUGGAUAAUGCAUGAGGGUGAAUAGUUUUACAAAUUAUGAAGAGAGGUUCAGCCUCAGCAAAGCAAAGUGCACAUGAAACACACUAUCUCAGAUCCAGUUGGUGAACAUUAGACACAUAAGGAUUAAGAGCUGACAAAUGUGGAAAAACAAAUCUGAUGUCAUAAAGUUUGCAUAGCCACUUUUAAAGGCAGCUGGGUAAUGUCCAAUAAAUUGAAAUUUUAGAUGCCCUAUGACCCAAUGGAUCCAAUUUUUAGUACCCUAAAGAAACACACAUUCAUAAGGCAGCUUCUAAUAUAAAGUUGGAAAAAUCAAAAUCUACUAAGGUAAUGAAAUAUGCUAGAUGCUAUAAAAUAUUAGGUAUCGGUGAAAAAGAAGGAAGAAGAACUGUAUGCUGACAGUAGAUCUCUAGGAUGCAAUGUUAAAUUUGUUAAAAGUAAUACACAUGAUACUGUUGACGUUUAAAAAAAAACAUGCCAUACACAAUACUGUAUAGUGUACUUCUGCAAAUAACUAUCUGUGUACAAUAUAAAUAGAGAGUUGGAAGGAUACUAACCAAGCUGUUUACAGUAGUUUGGCGGUGUGCGUUAGCUUAAAGUGUAAUAUUUGAUGUUUGUGAAUUUGCAUUCAUGUACUGUUUCUGUAGUGACAUCAAUAAAUUAGAAAUAAAAUGAAAUAGAAAGUG